GAACCGUGUCCAUGUUUCUAUGAAGAAUUUUACUUCCCAGUUUGACCUAAUCAGGCUUCGUGUCAGUGUAUCAACCGGGUGUGAUUAGGGACGUUUCUUUGGCUAUCCCACAAGAGAUAUUAUUGAUUACAAGUUUGAUUAUGCAUCAUCGGCCUGAAUAGUAAUCGUACGGCAUCAGUGGGAUAAUCCAUUGUUCGACUCGAGCCGUUUACCCUUGCCGAUUAAGAUAUAAAAUUGAUCUCCUCUCACCUUCAAUCAGUCCUAGAGUCAAUCGCUUCCAAGCCCCACAUAUCAGAAUCCUUUUCUUCUCUUGCGAAAUCACAAUUCAGAGACAUAUCAUCCACGAUGACUUUGGCUAAGAGCAGCGUGACCAUCACCCACAUCUCCACGGCCACGGCCAUCAUCUCCAUCGAUGGUAUCAACUUCCUCACCGACCCGGUCUUUUGCCCAGCAGGUUCGGCAUACGUCUAUGACGGGUGGGCCAAAGCCCCCAACCUACACGAAUGGGGUUUCACCGGCAAACCCCCGGCUAGCGCUCUGCGCAGCAUCAACGGCCCAGCCAUCGAACUGCAUGAGCUUCCACCCAUCGAUGCCGUUCUCCUCAGUCACGAAGACCAUGUCGAUAACCUCGACCCGUUGGGCCGCCAGCUUCUCGAUGGCAGGCGGGUGUUUACCACCCCAGACGGUGAGAAGAACCUCAAGCCUCGUCCUGGGGUUGUUGGUCUCCAACCGUGGCAGACUGUUUCAGCAAAUAUCGGGGGCAAGGAGUUCCGUAUUACAGGCACACCGUGCAAACAUUUCCCCGGUGGCGAGGUGACGGGUUUCAUUCUAGAGUCGGACUCGUUUGGUGUGAACGCUGAGUCUGGCUUGCCCAACGUUGUAUACUUCUCCGGUGAUACUGUGUGGAUUGACGAGUUGGCGGAAAUCAAGAACAAAUGGCAUAUUGUUGUUUCCGUCUUGAACUUGGGUAAUGCACUCUUUCCUUACCCUAAUGGCGUCCUGCAGAUUACUUUUGAUGGGAAGCAGGCAGCGCAUUUCAUGCGUGUCACUGGUGCGGAUGUCAUGGUUCCUAUUCACUUUGAGAGCUGGGAGCACUUUACGGAGCACCAGGCCGAGCUACUUGAUGUCUUCCAGAAGGAGGGUAUUGCGGAGAAGGUCCAGUGGUUGACGCCAGGUGUAGCCAAACAAAUUGUUUGAUUUUUAUUUUAUGGCUUUGCUUUA